GGCGACUUUUGAAGGACCUCGUCCUUCCUAGUUUUUUUUCGGGCAGUUGAGGAAGGGACAGCAGAAAACUAAGGUGGGCAGAACAUGUCGUUGAUUAAUGUUACACUAGUGACGUCAUGGCUGGUCCUCCUAUGCUGUCUCGGCGGCAGUCCUCAGUAUUCAUACCGAGUCAGGCCGAACUGGUUCCCUUCCUUCUAUCCCAGCUGGUACCCCCCACUACCCUACGGGUCAAUCGGUCCCUAUGGAGGCUACUGUUGCUUCACCAUCAACAUCAACAUUCCAGGAGGAGUCGUUCCUGGCCCAAACACGAUUCCUGGAGGACCUUUGGCCCUGCUCCCGAACGGUUCUAUGAUUCUUCCCGGAGGAUCCAUUAGAUUCCCUAACGCCACAGUUGUGUUGACCCAGUACGCCGCAGGAGUUGUUCCACCCGCAGGACAGAUGCCUUCUGGAAGGAUCAUAUACGCCAACAACACCAUACUCAACCCUGGAGUAGCUACUUCCUUCCCUCCCCCCGGGGUGCCUUUGAUUUCCCCUUUGGAGACGACUGCUUACCCUCCUUUGUUUUUGCCCAAUAUGACGUUGAUUUUCCUCAACGGUACGCUCAUUACUCCAGGAAACAGGAGCAUUUCGACGAUUUUCACUCGAGGCUUUAAUCCUAACUGCGGGGGGCUAACUUGUCACUUCUUUGUUCCCACGGGCAAAUAGAAGAAUAUGAUAAACCAAGAACUUUUAAAACGUUUUGAUUAUUUGUUAUUCCCUUAAAAAUUAUUUAUUG